GCCUCUCGUCGCCGCCAACGAUAUACCCACUUUGUCCGCCCGGAUCCUUACUUGACCUCUCUUUGACGACCUUGUACGAAUUGACUCGGUCUCAAAUCAACCAGUCACAUAAUGCGGAUUUUCAGCAUUUGUGCGGGUCUUCUGUUGGUGCCUCUGGGCGUUCUAGCUCAGUCAGCCGUCGUCUCGACCUCAUUCUCCCAAUCCGUAGGCAUCGCUACCUCCGGGGGCAACCGCUUCGAAACGACCGUCAACGUCCCCGUCACCACCAUCACAAUAUCUGCCUCCGCCACGAACUCUGCAUCCAACUCGUCCGCGACUACUUCAUCCAACGGAAACUCCACCACCUCAUCAAAUAGUACCAACACCAACAGCACCUCGUCGACGUCUAAAUCUCCGCUACCGACGGCCGCUACGAGUGUGGAUGGAGGUGGAACGGCGGUGAAUGGGGGAGCACCGUCGCCUGGGGUUACCGCUCCGGGAGGGAUUUAUGGACCGGACGAUGGGUAUAUCAGUGGGGCGGUGGUGGGGAGAGUGAUCAUGGGAGGUGUGAGUCUGUCAGCGAUAGUGGUGGGCGGGUGGUUGGCCGUUAUGUAGAGGGGUGUUCAGCCUUGCGGUGAUGCGGAACCAUUAUGGCUGCUUGGGAUGGCGGUGGAUCUUGUAGGCUAUCGUUAUUGGAUCUUUGGCUGUUUCCUCGGGGCACUUUUCAUGGACAUAUACAUGGACUCGCUCAUCGGCUUGUUUGCGAAUUCAUGUGGCCCAUUUUCGCUGGUUGUGUUGGAUCAUGGAUUUUUUCUUGGGUUCUUCUGGUUUCGUUGUUGCUUCCCUACUCUACCUUCAUACCAAUCUUUAUUGCCACUGCACGUCUCUCUUACAUGAAUUUUACUCCAUCAUGUUGUCUUGAACCUUGCGCUUUGACUGACCCAUUUGUAU